AUGAACGCCCCUCCGGCCGGGCUCGGCGCGCCGCGAUCCCGGCUGACCGUCCUGCCGGAUGCGUCCCCCCCGCCGGCCGGUGGCCCGGGCCAGCGCCUGUCCAGCCAGACGCGCAGCUCCCUGUCGGGAUUCUACUUUGACUUGGAGUCCGAUUCGGAUGGCGGGUUUUCCUCGGACACCGGGGACGAGCCGGUGCCGAUGGCCAUGCCGGUGCCCCCGCCGGCCACUCCACCGGCGACGCGGCGGCAGGGUCGCGCCUCCGGACGCCUGCGUGGCCGUCCGGCCGGCCCGCGACCGCCCCCGGCCUUCGCCGACUCGCUGGAUCUGGUCACCUCGCCGCUGGCGUGCCAUAUGUCGCGGGUGGACUCCUCGCGAGCCCUGCUGUCCAGCUUGCUGGCCCAGCGCGCGCCCCUAGCCGAGGGGGCCUGCCUGUUGGGCGGCUUGGAGGUGAUGCGCGCCGCGCCGAGCGCCGACCGGCCGAUUGCCCGCCGGCCCGGCGCCCGGCCGGCCCGCCUGCGCCUCGGCCCGAACACCCGCUGCCAUGUGCAUUCCCUGCGACACAGCAUCGUCGCCUGCUUGUCCCUCUCGCGGUCCAUGAUGAUGACCUGCAAGUAUGUGGACGGAUUCCGCACCCUGUCGGACCUGUCCUUGGACAUCAUCGAGCGCGUGGUCUCCUGGCUGUCGGUCCCGUAUCGCGUGGAUUCGGCCGCCGAUCCCGGGCUCAGCCGGGUCAUCCACCCGGCCGUGCGGCUGUCCGUCAUCAUGGGGGCCCUGGCCGCCGUGCACGGAGUCGCUCUCAGCAGCGAAACCCCGACGGAGGACAUCCUCUCCACGCUGGGCAUCCUCCGCCGGGCCCUGCUCCAGCGGGAAUCCCUCCUGUCGGCGGCCACCGGUGCCUCUGGCGACAUUCCCCUCGUGUCGGCCAUCGAUCUGGCCCUGGCGGCGUUGCGCAUCCUGCCCCGCGAUGCCGGGCGCACCAUCCUCCUGAUUAGCGACGGCUCCGAGGGCCCCUGGUCCGAUCGCGUGGAUCUGGCCGCCCUCAGCCGGCGUAUCACGGCCGCCGGCGCCACGGUCGUGGCCAUCCUCGUGUCUUCGGCCUCCCCGACCGGAGCCGACAGCUCGACCCGGCCCUUCGGUAGUGUGGCCAACUUCGAGCCGGCCUGCUUCCUGGCACAGGCCACCGGUGGGCAUAUCCUCCUGGCGGAUGACAUUCUCCGGAUGCCCAUGCCGCCGCACAUCGGCGCAGUCGAUGUCAUUUACUCCGGUCAUGCGGCUCCUGGAGCACAGCCACGCCUGACGGCCAAGUUGUUUGCCUCGCUGGCGGACCGGCCCCCGGGCAUCGAAUUGCCCACUUCCAGUGGCAUCCCGCGCGAGGGGUACAUGGAACUCGUUCAUGCCGCCUUCGCCCAGCGCUAUCCGCUGGCAAACCCCCUGCAGCAGGCAUGUCUCGUGCGGGACUUCUCCCUGACGCUGUCGUUGCCACCCUUGCCGGCCGGCCUGUCGGUGAUGCCGCUGCCCGGCGUGGACGCCCUGCCGGAGCUGGUCAACCAAGCCGACGACCUCCGUUCACACACGGUCACAUUGCGCACAUACUCGCUGGCUGCCCCAUGGACGCACCUGGUCUCGGCGCGCCUGCGCAGCGGCUUCCUCAUCCGCGAUGUGUCCCUCUCGGCAUGUGGCAAAUUCCUGCUCAUUCGGCUGAUGCUUCUCCUCCGCCCGGGCGCCUGCCUGGAGUAUCACAUUCACUCACGGGUGCCGGACAACCGGCAGGCGGUCCGGCGGGCGCGGGCCCUCGCCCAGCGGGCUGGGGCUGCCUCCCGGCGUCCGGCCAUGGACGGCAGCCGUGGCCCCCGCUCUCGGGGCCCCGGCCAUGAGGGCACUUCCACCACCCCGUCUGGAUCGCUGGAUGAGCUGCACGGGGGGCGCCGGUCGCCGGUGGCCUCGGCGUCGCCUCUCAGCGGCGGCCUCGGCCGGAGUGCCUCAUCGACCAGCCCCCUGUCACCAGCAGGCGGAUCAGCUGGCCCCCGCGGCCGGGGGGGGGCCCGUGCAGGGGCGGUGACCCCGCGCGACCAUCGCGCCGGGCCGCCACGGUCGCCCCUCACCCCGGACGGUCGGCCGGAGGAAACGCGCACGCGUCGGCGCCGGUCGGUCCCCGCGCUGGCUGUCAGCCCUGCAACCGGCAUCGAGGCGCUGGCCGUCUCCGGGUCCGGGUCUUCGCCGGAUUUGCUGGCCAGCCUGGGGACUUCGACAGGGGCCGCCGGGCGUCCCGGGCGCCUGGGCGCCGACAUCGGCAUCAGCCACUUGUCCUCGGACUCGGGCCCCAGCGACGGCGAGCAUGAGGAUUCCGAGUGCGAGGACUCCGAGGACCUGGCCAUGUACGAUCGGGGGUUCACCCUCGACGGGGGCAACGACCUGGACACCGACGAUGAGGACUAUGACUAUGACGAGUAUGGCGAAGAGGAAGAUGGGCCCGGGGAGCAUGGCGACGAUUCGGGCCCCGGGGUCGACCCGUCUUCCGGCUUCCCCGACACCGACCCGUUGCUGGUGGACCCCCACUCGGAGGAGGAUGCGGCACGCCAGCACUCGGAGGUGGUUAUCCUCCUGCGCGGCUGGAAGGCCCUCAUCGAGGCCAUCUCCCUGACGGCCACGGCCCAGGCGUCCGGGCUGUAUGAGCACCUCCGGUCCCCGAUGCCGGAGGACGGGCUGGCCGGCGCCCCGGCCGAUGCCGGGGCCGCCUCGUCCCCGGCCGGCGAUGCGUUGGUCCUGAGCUCGGGUGACCGGCGUCGGCCGGCGCCGACCAAUGGCGGGGGCCGGGUUUCCUUCGAGCCUCUCAGUGUUUCCCUGGACCAGCCGCCGCGCAAGCGUCCGGCCCUCGGCCGUCCGUGCGACCCCUAUGAGGCCGCGGCUCAGCGCUACUUCGAGCAGGACGCCAUCAGCGGCCCGGGCAUGAUGGGGUCGAGCGUGCCGCCGACCGCGGUGGCCACGCCCUCGGCCGCCACCACCGGCCAGGGGGCAAUGCUUUCGACGGCCGUGCCCCCGGGCCAGCAGCCCCAGCCCCUGGUGUCUGGCACGCAGCCGACGGCGACGGCUGCUGCCGUGGCGCACGAGGCCAGCGCCGAGCCGGAUGCGACCGGCGCCCUCGCCCGGUCGGGCAGCCCGUCUCCGGUGUCAGCCACCAACAUCCGGCUUUAUGCCUCGUCGCUGCAGGUGCGCAGCACUCUGGAGUCGGUCCUCGAGGCAGAUCGCCACUUCGGUCUUCUUUUCGCCAUCCCGCCUGAGGGGGUGUGCUCGGUGCCGUUGCGUUUCCGCGCGUCUCAGUUCGGCGCGCACGAGGUCGUGGUGCCGCCGCAAUUCGACCACAUGGCUGGCCUGGAGUCCGGGUCCUCGGGACCCAUGGCGUCGGCCCCGUCGGAGGGAACUUCCUUGUCCUUGUGGCGCGAGCCGCCUGGGCCUUCGGAGUCCGGGUGGCCGGGCGCCCCGACAAAGGUCCCCCUGCUGUCGGGGCCCGAGUCCCUGGGCUCGGGGGCCGAUGUUGGUCGGCCUCCGGGGCCCGGGCGCGAGGUGAUCUCCUCCAGCUCCUCCGGCUCCUCCUCUUCAUCCGCUGCCUCCUCCUCGUCCUCCUCCGGCUCCUCCUCGGCCCCGGACCCCCCGUCGGGGCUGGACGCCGGGAUGGUGGUCUCCGACUCGGGCCCUCUGUUUGGCAUCCAGCCGCUCAAGGGCGAGCAGUCCUUCUUCUCGUACUGGCACCGCAUCGCGCUGAUGUUCAUCUCGGCCCAGUACCACCAGCGCAUCCUGACGCACCUGGUGUCGCCGUUGCCCUCGGUGGAUGUGGAUGCCGGGGCCGCGGCCUCCGGCGGGCGGGACACCGCGGCUCGAUUGCUUCCGGUGUCGGCCACCGGCAUCGACACGGACCCCCUGUCGGAGCCGCUGUUCACGUCCUUCUCGCGUGCGCGCUUCACCGUGGUCCUCGGGCCGUCGGCCGGGUCGUCGGCCAGUUCUUCGCCGGCCGGCCAACUGGCCGGGGCCCUGCUUGAACACUGGGCCAGCCUGGCCGUGGCGUCGAACACCCUGGUGCGGACAAUUGCCGCGGGUCCCGGUGCCGGGCCCGGGCCUUCCUCGGUGGCCCUGGCCGCCGCGGCCGAGGUGCAUCACCAGCAGCACGGCCAGCAUGGGCACUUGGGGGAGUUCCCGGGGCCCGGGUGGCUGGGCGCCGGGUUGUCGCCCGGGGCAACGGCCGCGGCCUCACGCGGGGGAUCGGUUCCUGCCUCGCGUCGGGGCAGCCCCUCGGCCUCGCCGACGGCCGGGGGCCACACUCCGACCGGGCGGCCGGGGGCAGGCUCGAAUGGCGUCAUCGCCACGACCUGGCUGCCGCCGGUGGUGACCACCUGCCCGGCUGGCGGGUGGAUCGGCCUCGAGAGGCCGGUUUUCAGCGAGCCAGCCGCUCUGGGCGCCUUCCCCGAGCCGGACUCGCCGUCCUCCUCGUCGGCAUCCUCGCUGUCGGCGUCCUCCUCGUCGGCGUCCUCCUCGUCGGUGUCCGGCGCGCCUGUGGGGGCGGUGGCAGGGUCGUCGGCCCUGGCGUCGCUCGCCGCGCCGGGCGACUCGGCCACCGGGCCGGCCCUGCCGACCGACGGCCUUGAGUCGCAGCAGCCGCAGCAGGAAGAGGAGGGCUUCGUGGCAUUGCAGCUGAUGUGGAGUGCCCCGCGCGUGGUGCGGGUGGAGCUCUUCUUCUUCCGGGUGCCGGAUGCGCGGGUGCGCGCGCGCGAGGUCAAUCUCCUCCGUGCCUUCAUCAACCGUCUUGGGUCGGACGUGGCGCGUGUUUGCUCGAUGCCCCUCUCCAUGUUGCUGCAUCCGCUGCCGGCGGAUCUGGCUCGGUGUGAGCCGCUCCCAGCGCGCUACUUCGAGUCCAUGGUGUCACCCUCGGCCAACAUGACGGCCCAGGCCCGGAGCUUGGUCUUCUCGCUGCCAACCGCCGCGCCGACCCCCUCACUGCUGAAGCUCCGCCAGUGGAUCUGGCUGCCGGGGUCGGCCGGCUCUGCACCCAGCAGCACCGGGCCGGAGGCUGACGGCCCACAGGCUGUCUGGCGCCGGGAGCUCUUCCUGGCCAGCCUGGCCCGGCGACGUCUGGCCCAGGGCUUCUCCGUGGUGGCCGAGUCGCCCGGGGGACGGCUCUUCUAUCAUGAGGUGCCCUUGCUGGCGCUGCGUGCGCGUGGGUCCGUGGCGCAGGCCAUCGCGCUGGCCGACCAUCCGGAUCGCCAGCCGGCCGUGGCGGCCCUCUACGCGCUGGAAACCCUGCCCGGCGGGGCGGUCCGAGUGCGGCUGUGGGCCGAGUCGCGUUUUGCUCGGGGAAUGGGCUUUGCCCAGGGGGCCGGCCUGGCCUGCUCGGCGGUGGCUCUCGGCCGAAUCAUUGACACCGAGGACCGGGCCAUUUGGACGGAGUGCUGCUCGCACGCGCGCAUUGCCCUGCUGGCGGAAAGGUGCGCGGCGACCAGCGCGGCGGCCGUCACCCUGGAUGCCGCCCCGUCGGUGGGUCCGGGCCCGGCGGCCGGCCUCCUGACCAGUAUUCCCGGCUUCGCCGCGGGCCCCGGCGAGAAGCAGGCCUUCCUCCACCGGACCGGCUCGACCCUGUCCAUCGAGCGCGAGCGCUUCGAGCUGGCAUCGCUCCUGCGCUCGGCCAAGGUCGGCUGCAUGGCCUUCCGGCUGAUUGCCCCGGGCCAGCUGGGCCCCGGGCUCGCCGACGGGCUACGUGGCCUGGAGGCGGCGCAAUUGGCGUGCCCGGGAAAUCCGACGCCGCCCGCCGGCUCGGCCGUCCAGGUGGACCGCCUCCGGGCCAAUGUCCGCCUUUUCGAGCUGUUCGCCUCGUCGCUGGUGGCGCCGCUUGGGGGGCAGCUGGCCCGGCAGCUGGCCGCCGCCGGGGCCCCGAUUGGCGGGCAGCUCAUGCACCUGGAACUCCCGCGGUCCUGCAUGAGCUUCCCCCUGUCGCUGGUCCGGUCGUUGUUGCCACUGUUCCCGGAGCACCCGGGGCCUGGGGGCGAGGUCGACCGGCCGGAGGCCCUGUCCGCCUGUCUGCGAGUGCCACUCCCGCGCAAGCCCACGGCCGAGGUCCUGCAGGCGGCAUUGCAAGCCUCGCGCGGCUUUGUCCGGCGCUUGGACGAGGAGUGUCACCAGUUUGUCUUUGUCCUGGGGCCGCGCUCGGCCGGCGAUCAGGGCCAUCCAGCGGGCCGGGUUUUUGGCCCGGCCAUCGGGGUCAUUGUGUUUGAGACGCACCGGCCCCUGUUCUUCGAGCCGACCUCCAUGCUGGCCAUGCUCGGGGAGCUGACCGACCUGGGGCAGUCCCCGAGCGCCGGGAGCCCGCUCCUCCGCCGGGGCCACACCGGCAUCUCGUUGCUGGAUCUGUCGUCGCUGUCGGAGCCGGCGCCGACCGGUCCGGGCGACGAGCCGGCCCCCCUGGGCGCGGGGUCCUCCUCCGAGGCGCAGCUGAAGUCUUCGAAUAUUCUCGUCCCCAUGCUGACAGCGCUGCACCGGUUCUCCUUCAUCCGCGGGGUGUACUCGGCCCUGGCUGGGGCCGACUCGCCGGAGAAGGCGGCCGCGCUGGUCAAUCGGGCCGAUCUGUCCCGGUGCCUGUUAAACUGUGCUGCCAGCCGGCAGACGGUGGAUUGCACGCAUCUGGCAAACAUCGUGGCGGCGUCAUGCGGCCCGGCGACGCCGGAGUCGGCCACCGAGUGCGAUACCGCCGGUCGCCUGCGCUUGGCCAUCCAGCGGGGCUUCUUUGCCGAGGUCCUGGCCGGGCAACUGCGCCCCGUGCAGACGGUCGCCCUGGAUGGGCGCCAGUUCCUGGUGUUCACUUGGCGGCCGGGGGCCGAACAGUCUGGCAUGGCCAGCGCCUCGGUCACCGGCUGCGGCUCCGGCGUUGGGGUUGGCGCUGGCAGCAACAGCAGCAGCAGCAGCAGCAACAGCAACAGCGGCGGCAGCGGUAGCGGCGGCGGCGGCGGCAGCAACGCUGGCGGUGGCAGCAACGGCUGUGGCGCCAGUGGUGUCGGCACUGGCAACGGUGCCGGUGCCGGCGUCGGCAGCGGCGGUGGCACCUCUGGCACCGCCGCCGGCACUCCCGGUAGCAGCGGCACCAGCAGUAGCAGCAGCAGCAGCAGCAGCAACAACACCAGCACCAGCACCAGCAGCAGCAGCAGCAGCAGCAGCAGCAGCGGUACCGCCACCACCACUGGUGGCGGCAGUGCCAGCGGUGGAUCCACACUGGCGUCGGUCUCCGCUGGUGCCGGCCCAAUGGAAGGCCUUGCCGAGCGGAUAGUCUGCGGGUCGGAGGCCGGGCCACCGGGACCCGGGGAGUCGGCCCUAGCCAGUGUGCCCGGUGGCCCGGGACCGGGGAUCCAUCCCGGCCGGGUGGCCCUGAGCCUCGACAGCCAGCCCUUCCCACUGGCAUCGGACGAUCCGCGCAUCUGGGAGCAUCCAAUCUUCAUUCGGCUGGAGGUUCGCGUGCGGCCGGACGGCCAGGACCCGAGCGGCGAGCUGCGCUUCUCGGCCUGCUCGCUGCCGGUGUCCUUCGUUGGUUUCGAGGGUGACUGUCACCUGGCUAUCCCGCGGUCGAUUUGCGACUGCACGCAGGAGCUGUCCACCGAGCCAGUCCCUGGUGCAUCGGAGGCCCUGCGCUGCGUGUCGGAAACCACCCUGCAGACCGACUCGCCAGCGGCCCCGGAGCCGGGGUACCUUCCGGCCCCGGCCGACUCGCGUGUCGCCGAACUGGCCAAUUCUGCUCGGCAAUUCCUUCGCCGGCAGGUGGUGGACCUCCUCCGGCGGCAUCCGGUUUCUUGCCAGUCGCUGGCCUUCAUCCGAACCUGCAUCGAGAGUGGAUGCUAUUUCCCAUACAAAUCGCUGUUCAGCAUCCCGCUGCCGCUGGUGCACACGCGCCGUGCCGCUUCCCUGCUGGGCCCCUCGCUCGGGGCCCUGGCCCUGACGCCGCUGUCGCUGACCCGGCUGCCGGGGGAUGUGUUCUUUGUGGACGACCGCAGCGACUUCCUCACCUGUCGGGAGAGCUAUGAGUCGGAGCAGCGGACUUUGGCGGGCGGCGUGACCCCGCCGGCACGCCUGGACAACCCGGGGCUCGAGGGGCGUGGUGCCGGGCUGCGCGCCGCGCAGCAGCCCGUCAUCGAUGUCAUUGGCCGAGUGCUGUUGUCGAGGCCGCGUGGCGGCUGGCGGCGGAUCCCCAGCAGUCGGGCAUGUGCCCGGUGUCGCAUGGCCCGAGGUCAUUCCUUCUACAGCCUGUGCUCGGCAGAUGGCGAGUCGCAGCGGGCCCUCGAAGAUGGCCAGGCCGAUGGCCAUGCACCUGCGGAGGCCCUCGUCAGCCAGGACGUCGAGCAGCAUGCCUGCUCGGUAAAGCCGAACAAGCUGCCCUUCUGGAUUAUCUUCUCGCUGAAGGCCGACUCGCUGGAGUUCUACUUCGCCGGGCCGGCCGGGGUGCUUGUGCAGCCGGAGGACCGCGACCGGGUGCUGGACGCCGUGUGCACGGCCCUCCUCCGGGUCACCAACCGCGUGAACCGGCAGAUUCUCCUGCUGCACGCGUGGCAGACGCACCGGUGCUCGAAGUUGCUCAUGCCGCCGGACGGGGUGCUGGUGGCGUCGCCGUCGGCCGGAGCCGGGGGCGUCGGGGGCGGGUCCAGCGGCUCGGCCAGCGGCCCGGGCUCCGGGUCCUUGAUGUCGGGCUCGGUGGUGAGCACGCCGGCGUCCAGUGCGGUGGCCGGGGCCGGUCCCGGUGGGCCGGGCUCCGGGCUCAUGUCCCCGGUGGCCGGAGCCGGCCCCGGGGCUGGGACCGGCCCCGGGCCCGGGGUCGGCGCCAGCUCCAGUGGCGGCCCCUUGGCCUCGGGCGGGGUGGGUGCCUCGGCCGGCCCCGGGCCCGGGGCCGGUGGGCUGAAGCAUUUCACCGGCGGCCCGGCGGCUGGCGGCCACUCGGGCGUGGCUUCGCCGGUACCGGGAGGCACGAAUGCCGGGCCGGCGGCGGCGGCGGCGGCGGCGGCGGCGGCGACGGCAGCCGCCGCAACCGGCGGCAUGGUGGUCGAUCUGGCGGAGGAGUUCUCCUCGGAGGAUGAUGAUGACGACACCUUUGUCGGGGAUUAUUCCUCCAGUGCGGCCCUCGGGGCCGGGCUGCUGGCGGGCAUUGAGGCUGCCCGGCGGGCGGCCUGGCAGAUGGGGCUCCCGCCGCGGCGGGCAGACCAACCGGGGCCCGGGGCCACCGGCGGCGUUCCCUGCCGGGCGGCCAUCCAGCAGCAGGUGGCCCCGACGCAGUACCCGGCCCUGGUGCUGCACCUGACACGGAAUCGUGGCUUCCGGGUGGGGCAGUUCGCUUGCGACCGGGUGCACCGGGUGCAGAUCCCCCUGCCGCCGCGGCUGCGCGCGGCCACGGCGGUGUCGCAAAUCAGCGCCCAGCUGUCGACCAUGGCCGUGACCAACCGACAGAAUACCUUUGUCUACCGGCACCGGGACCUGAUCUUCCUGGUCCGGCUGAGUGGCUUCGAUGAUGACAAUCAGGCCGGGACCGGGGGGCCCGGGCCCGGGGCCGGCGGCGGCGGCGGCGGCGGCGGCGGCGGCGGCACUGCAGGAACCAGCAGCGCGCCGGUGUCGCUCAUCGGCACCCCCGUGCAAAUGGGCCUGACUUCGGUGGCCGCGUCGCAGCCGUCGUCCGGCUCGGCGUCGCCGGUCCCCGGGUCCGGGACCGAUCGGCAGGAGGAUGUUCGCCGCCGGCGCCUCGGGGCCGGAAGCCAGCUGCGUGUGGCGGCGGCGGCGGCGGCGGCGGCGGCGGCGGCGGCCGCUCGGCAAUCCCAGCUGGAGGUGGCCGCCCGGCCGAGCCUGCGCGUGGCGCUCGGCGACCACCCGGGGUCCGGGGCCGGGGUGGCUCCCCCGCCGCCGACGCCGGACGCGGCGGACCAGGCCAGCGGCCGGCCCUUCGCGCGCCUGGUCCGGCGGCUGCCCUCCUCGACGCUGGUGGUGGAGAUCUUCGGCAUGUCGCGGCCGCGCGCCGAAUUCACGUCGCCCUUCCUGCACAUGAUCCAGCAGAAAACCGUGCAGCUGGGCCUGACGGCCCUGUCGACGCAGCUGUCCCGCCAUGCGACCCUGCGCUUGGGCCCGGCGGACUUGGCCUUCCUCUUUGCGCCGAGUCUGGACGGCGGGGCGCCGGAGCAGGUGGAGGCCGUUGCGGCGGCGGCCGCGGCGGCGGCCGUCGCCACGCCCGAGCUCCACUCUCCCCUGGCCGACAGUGUGUCUUCCUCCUCGAGCGAGGUGUUCGGGUCCACGUACCGGGCCCGGGCCGCCCUGCCGGCCAUCUUCGCCCGGGACCCGCACAUGCUGCUGCUCUUUGUCAAGCAAACGGUGUCCAGCUUCCUGGUGCCCUUGUCGCUGGCCAGCGAGUCGGAGCCCCUGAUCCGGGCCUUCUUCGAGCAAUUCUACCACUACCCCUCGACCGGGGGCGGCCCCGGUUCGGGAGCCGGCGCGCCGCCGGGCACCGACGAAUCGCCCCUCCCAUCCCCGGUGGCCGACGCCACAGGCCCCGGCCAGCAGCAUGACCCGGCAGAUGUGGCCCACACCCCGCCGGUGGUGCUCCCCGGGGAGUACUGCUUCCUGUACAAUGGCAGCCACCCGCGGUCCGGGCCGGUGGGGGCGCACGAGCCGAGCUUCGGCUCCGGGGUGGCCUGCGUGCACCUGUUCAUCGCCAACCACCGGGGCGAAGCGCUGUUCAGCUACCCGGCCGACCGGGGCUGCCAGCAGCCCCGAUGCCCGGCACGCUGUCAUGCCCAGCUGGACGCCGGGUGGGUGGCCUCCGUGUCGGAGGACAUCAACACCAUGCCCACGGCCUGGGCCGACUCGAUGGAGGCCUGCCCGGUGCCCGGGUGGUCCCUGGGGCCCGAAGAGGGUGCCCAUGCCAGCGGCCCGGCCGGCCUGCACCCGGCCCGUGGCUUGCACUUUGGCAUCGACAUCUGGACGCGCGGGCCAAUCAAGGCCCAGGCUCUGUGCGAGCGCCUGCAAUUGGCGGUCAAGCAGAGCUGCCACGACAUGCUGGUGGAGCUUCUCAUGGCCGAGGCCGAUCAGAUGAGCAACACCGGGUCUGCGAGCGUGCACUCGCCUCCGGCCGGGCCGAUGGUCCCGUUGUCGCCGCUCUUCUCGCCCGGCGGCCAGGGGAGCAUGCUGGUGCCGGGCCUGGGCCCCGGCAGCCCCUGCUGCCAGUUCUGUGCCGGGCCCGAGUGUCCGGCCGGGGCCCGGUCGCUGGCCCUGGUGUCGGAUCUCCAGGAUGAGGACCUGUGCGAGUGCCACCAGGCCGCGGCCGGCAUGCCAGGCGCAUCGGCCCUGCUUCCAGGGGCAAUGGCCGCGGCCGCUGUGCCGGCGGCGGCAGCGGCGGCAGCGGCGGCGGCAGCCUCCCCGGACGCCGGGCCGCGCUCCCGGUCGGAGGUGGUUCAGCGCCUGCUGGGCAGUGCCCCGGUCGGGGGCCGCUGGCCCGGGGCGCCCUUCUACAUCGGCGGCGCGAGCCAAUCGGCCGGCGGGGACCAUGUGUCGCGCUUUGUCCGGGAGGUGGUCCGCCCGCUGCGGGUGUUGCUGGAGGCCUCGGCCCGGCUGGGGUCCCCGAGUGUCGACGCGCUGGCGCUCGGGCCGGAGGCCUUGGUGUGCCUGGCCGCGCGCGAUCUGUCCCAGGUGGAGGUGGGUUCGGGCGCUGGUGGCCCCGGCCUCGGCCCCGGCCCCGGCCCCGGCCCCGGCCCCGAGUCGCCGGGGGACUCGCCGCUGCCCGGGUCGCCUGGGCCGGCCCCGGUGGCCGACCUGCCGGCCCCCGGCACCAGCCGGUCUUUCCCCCUGCCGGUGACCCUGUCGGAUUUGGCGGUGUGCGGACGGUCGGCCGUGCCGCGCGCGCAGCAUGAUGUCUUCGUGCGCGGCCUGUGCGACUCGGUGUCGCAGCUCCUGUCGGAUUUGGCCACGCCCAUUCUGCUGACCCUGCCGAGUCGCGAUGUGCGACCCGACCGGGUGUCCCUGCCACGGGCCCACACCUCGCUGGCCCUGUCGGAGGACUUUUCCCUUCACUCGGUCAUUGUUUGCGGCCUGGAGCAUGUGUGUGCCAACUACGGCUUCUGCCCGCACCCGGACCAAAUCGACGGCCCGGUGGGCGAGCACUCCACCGGCCAGUCGGUGGCCAACCAGUCGGUGGCCGGGUGUUCCGGCGGCUCGGUGGCCUCGGACGGGUCUUUCAUCCACCUGACAUCGCCUUUGUUCACCGGCGAGGUGACCCUCCCCGGGUCGUUGGAGACCAGCGGGUCGCCGGUGUUUGUCGGCUCCCCGGGCAGGGGCCCCGGCGGGGUGCACCUGGCCCUGGCCUCGUCGUCGCCAUCGCUGGCGCCGUCGGUCGCGCCGUCGGUCGCGCCGUCGGUCCACCCGUCGCGCCGGUCGUCGGUCUUCUUCGGGGCCGGAGCACCGGCCGGGUCGGGCUUCGGCGACCUGGCGGGCGAUCCGACCGACGAGGGCCCUGGCGCAUCUCAUGUGCUGGGCUUCCAGCCGACGGCCGGGGCCCGCGCUUCACCGGGCCCCGAGCGCGGAACCUUCACCGGGGCCCUGCCGCCCGGGGGGGCGGCGGGUUCGCCUGCGCCGGUGGCCGGGCCGGGGGCGACGGCAGCGGCGGCAACCCCCGCCACUGCCACCGCGCCGGUGUCCUCCCUGCCGGACGCCAGCAGCCUCCUGCCGGAUCCGAUGCCCUACGAUGCCUUCCCCCCGCCGAUCGGCUCGCCAGACCCCUCGGUCUACAUGUCCCCGGUGUCCGGGGGCCUGGCCCAGGCGGUGGUCUCCCUGCCGGGGGCUUCGAGCUCCGGCGCCGGGCCCGGUGGGGCGGCCUCCUUUGCCGGGACGCACUCCGGCUCGCUGCUGAUGUUCGGCGGCGGCGGGGCCGGCGGGGCCGCAGCGGCGGGCGGUGUCGGCGGCGGCGGCGGCGGCGGCGGCGGGACCCUGGCCACCGGGCUUGGCACCGGCACCGGGGCCGGCCUGGCCGCGCCGGUGCUCGGCCCGAACCAGGCGCUCGAUGUGCGCCGCGGGGCCUUCCUGCUGAUUUCCCUGACCGCCAGCACGGUGGAGCUCCAGGCAUACAAUGUGUCCCGGGCCCUGGUGGAUGCCGUGUCCAUGAGCAUUGUCCGGCAUGUGAGCUGGAUGGUGGCCCGGCGGACGCUGAUGGACCUGGCCUCCCUGCAGAAGCUGGGUCUCUUUUGCCGGGCCCGGCUGGAUGCCCCGGCCCUGGGGCUGGUCCUUUCGCCGCCCUCCUUCGCGCGGCGCUUCCUGCAGUUGCCGGCCUUUGUGAUGCCGGCGGCCGGCGGGCCGGGCCCUGGCCCGGGCGCCAGCACCGGUCCUGGCCCCGGUACCGGGGGCCCCGGGGCUUCCGGGUCCAGCAGCUCGGUGGCGGCGCCCUCGGCCGCCCCGGCGCGGGCCCUGAGCGGCAAUGAUGGUGCCGCGGUGUCGGGCCCGGGGCCGGCAUCCGGCUCGGCCAGUUUCCGGCCUGCUCGCUCGACCAAGCACAUUGCCGCGGUGCUGUCCCAGUCGCGGGCCGGGUCGGUGGCGGGUGGCGGCCAUCCGGGCCUGGCCACGUCCCCCGGCACGGGGCCCGGCUUCGCCGAGCUGCCGGACCCCUCCGGGGACCAGGGCGAUGGCCUGGCCGGGGGGGUGUCACUGCCUGCCGGGCGCCUGGUGCACCAGCUGGGCAAGCAGCCGGCCGCCGGGGUGACGGGCCCUGGUGGGCUCUUCCUGCCGGCCGGCGGGCUGGUGGGCGGGUCGUCGCCGUUGGCCCCGGCGUCGCCGCAACCGGCGGCCCCGGCAGGCGCGCUGGCGGUGGCCGUGGCCGGGGCCGCCCCCCCGGCCGAUCCGCUGCUCAGCCAGGGCGACAUCACCACCGUGGUCCUGAGCAUUCAGGGGGUGCACUUUUUCCUGAGCUUCGGCACCCUGCCGAGUGGGGCGCUGCGGGUGAGCGCGGCCUCGGCAGCCGCGGCGGCAGCCACCGCGGCGAUGGUGGCCGCCCUGGGCCCGGGCUUCCUGCCGGAGUCCGGGCCGUCUGGGGCUUCGUCGCCGGGCGGGGCCGGGCCGGGCCUUGCCACGACCCCGGGCCCGGGUGCCGGGGCGCCUGGCCCCGGGGCCCGGGGGUCGCGCGGGCUGAAGCACCUCCAGCUGGCCCCGCGCGUUGGGGUGCGGCUGUCCUUCGCCCUGCGGCCGGACACCAUCGACCAGUUGAUCCAGCUGCCCUUGCCACCAGCCCCCGGGGCCCUGGCGGCCGGCGUGCAAACGACGGCGCCAUCUGUCGGCGGGCCCGGCGGCCAGCCGGCCAGCUCGAGCACCCUCUCGGCCGCCGGUCAGCUGGGCACUGUCCCGGGGUCUGGCGGCGCCUCGACCGUCGGCGGUGGCGGUGGCGGUGGCGGCGGUGGCGGCGAUGCCACCCCCAGCGGUGGCGCCAGCCAUCCGCAGCUCAUGACCUCGCCGGCCUCGUCGUUGCUCCUGCCGCAGAUCCAGGCCGGGCUCUCGGCCGGGGCGCGUGCCGCCGGUGUGGGCGCCCCCUCGACCGGGCUUGCCUCGCCCUCGAGCCGGCCGCAGCUGGCCCUGCCGACUGCCGGGGCGAGCGCCGUUGCCAUGACGGCCAGCUGGCCGGGGCCGGUCCUGCCGGCCACCCGGCGACCCGGCGCGUCAGCCCGGUCCCAGCGUCUUCUGGCGCGCCUCGGCGUUGCUCCUCCUGUGUUGGCUCCGGUUCACCCCACCGAGCCGAGCACCUCCCCGGCGAUGGGCGACCCCGCCGCCGGGGAUGGCUCCGCCGCGACGCUUCCCCCGCGCUUAUCCUUCCUGGACCCGGACUUCGGCCUCUUCAGCAUGGUGGCCGAGCCACCGGCCGAGGAUAAGCCCACGAGCAGCGACCCGACGCCGGGAGCGGCGCCCACCGCGGGGCCCGAGCCGGCCGAGCACCGGGUGAUCACCAUCUCCCCGGCGGCGGCGGCGGCGGCCGAGAUGUCGGGCGCGGCCCCGGUGCCCGGGUCGUGGGCCGGGCCGGGCCGGACCGGUUCCGAUGCGGCCCCCCCGGCCGCCGGGCCGCCGCCAGUGCACUCGGCGCCCCCGGCCCCGCGCCGGAAGCUGGUGGACCUGCGCCUGCUGCUGCGCGAUGUGCACUUCGCCCGGGACCUUGUUGGGCUUCCCCAGUGGCAGGUGCUCCUGCGGUCGGGCAGCUUCCUGUCGGCCUUCUCGCGGCGGGCCCUGCUCCGGCCGGCCCCGGCCGGGGACCCGGUGGCCGCGCUGGCCGGCGACCUCCGCGGGCUGCUCUUCGCCGAGCGCGACCUGGCCCGGGUGGUGGCCGCCUGGAAUGCGGUCUGCCUGCGAUGGGUCACCAUCGAUCGAGACCGGAUGACCGCCUCGGACAUCGCCCUGCUGAUCCAAUCCAGUCGGGUGCUGUUUGUGGUCCGGGCGCCGAUGUUUGCCUCCAAGCAAUCUGGCGCCAUCCGGGAAAUCCAUCCACCGGCUGGCGGGCUGGUGCCGACGGGCCGCGGCGCCCCGAGCACCCCGGCCGCCGCGGGCCCCACCACCGUGCAGUAUGGCCCGGUGGACCUGGUGGCCGGGGGCGAGUCGGCGGCCGGGGCCGAGGGCGAGUCGGCCGCGGCCGCCCAGUCCUUCCUGCUGCCUGGCGUCCUGGAGCAGUUUGGCCGGCUGCGGCUGGCGGCCGGCAUCGACACCCCGGCCCCGGGCCAUGGUCUGAUCAAUGUCUCGGAUCUGGCGUACUGCACCGCCGCCGCGGUUGGCGGUGACAGUGCCAGCGGCGGCGGCGGCGGCGGCGGUGACCCGGCCACGCCCGGCGCCCCGGCCGGCGCCGGCGCCGCCACCGCCGCCGCUGCGGACAGCCCCUCCGGCCUGACGGUGGCCGAGUGGUAUGACCAGCACCUGAGCCAGUUCCUGGCCGACUACCGGGCCUACGCCGAUUUGAUUGGCAUCGAGUUUGCGCACGAGGCGCCGGGCGGGCAGGCCGGGGCCGGGGCCGGGGCCGGGGCCGGGGCCCCCGGCGGCCCGGACGGCGGCGGCGGCGGCGGCGGCGCGCGGCUCUUCCUCUCGCCGACGGCCUUCGUCGGGCUGCGCGGCCCCGGAGAUGCGGUUGCCCGGCGGGUGUACUUCUCCCGGCCAUACACGGCCCCGAGCGGGCGUGUGGGGCUGCUGCUCUUCGAGCUGGGGUUCUACGACACAUCGGCCCUGUUGAGCGGGAAUGCCACCAUCUCGGCGGCGGUGUCCGGGCCGCUGAGCACCACCCAUGUCGGGUCGUUGCUGAUCGGGUUCAAUGUCUUCGCCGUCCGUCAGCAGCACCCCCGGCAGCGGGCUUCGAGCGCCAUGAUGACGGCCCUGGCCUUCCGGGCCCGACCGAGCCAGUCCCUGUCGAUGACGGCCCCGCUGCAGCGGCAGCACUCGGCCCUGCGGCCGAUUUUGGCCCGCGGCUCCGGUGGUCCGGGCUCGGGCUCGGGCUCGGGCCCGGGCUCGGGCUCGGCAUCGGCCGGACUGCUGGCCGGGUCCACGGGCCGGGGCUCGUCGCCGCUGGUGGCCCCCCCUCGGGCGGGCCUUGUCGUGAAUGACGAAGACCCGGAGCCCUCGGCACCGGGUGGGACGGCGGCCGGCGGCCCCCCCGGGACCGCUGUCGCCGCUGCUGCCACCAGCAGCACCACCCCCCCGACGGCCGGCACGGCCGGCUCCGCCAGUGCCACCGGGCCCGGGCCCCUGCUGCCCUCGGAUGCCGGGGAUGUGCGCUUUGUCCUGGCCGAGGGCAAGUCGCCGGAGGCCAUGCAGCUCCGGGCGCGCAUCGACCGACGCAAGGUGGUCGAUGAGCGGGCCCAAAUCGACGCGGCGUCCUACUGGCGCCGGCAGAUCCAGCUGGAGGUCUUCACGCUGGACUUCUAUGUCCGGCACUUCCAGCGUCUGCUGGAGCCGGAGCUCCGCUGGUCCAGCCAGUAUACCCCCUCAACCGGGUACGCCGGGGGCAAUGCCACGCGGCGGGCUGGGGCCGGCCCGGCGAGCCCGGCAGAUGCGGCCUCGGCGCCGCCGCGCGGCGGCAGCCCCGGCAUCCCGACGGCCAUGCACCCGGCGCUGGAUGUGGUGCAGCAGCUCCACCGGUUUGUCAGCCUGGCCGGGGUGUCGCCGCAGGCCCGGUCGCGCAUCUACUCCGGGGUCAUUCCCCUGCCGGACAGCUCCAUGAGCCGGGAGGCCCUGGUGCAGUAUCUGGCCCGCCAGUCGCCGGACUUCCACCUGCGGUCCAUCUGGAGCGCCUGCCCGGAGGCGCGGCUGGUUUUGCGCUCUGGCCCCCGGGCCGGGGGCAUGGCCGACGGGCCGGACCCGGGACCAGGGUCGGGCUCGGGCUCGGGCUCGGGCUCGGGCUCGGGCUCGGGCUCGGGCUCGGCCCCGGCCCCGGCGCCGCGUCAGCGCCCGGCCUUCUUCCGGGUGUCCUCGCAGGCGGACUUCUCGGCCCCGCCGGCCGGAGUGUCGGCCGACGCCACCACCACCCCCUUCGUCUAUACGCUGGUGGUCUUCCCGGAGGCCGGGGGCCAUGCCGCGCCGCUGGUCCUGCGGUACAUCCUGCUGGUCAGCAACCUGGCCCAUGUGUCGCCGCUCCUGCGCGAUGAGGCCCUGUACACCCUGUCGUCCAAGUGCAAUGGGCACCUGGCGUCGCCGGCGCUCGAGGAGCCGGUUGUGCCCCGGGCACCGACGGCCGGCCCGGUACGCGAGGAGUCGCCCGGUGACUCGGUCGCCACGCUGGCCGGGCUGCCGGCCGUGGCCGCGCACUUUGCGGCCCUGCUGUCGGCCUCGGCCGGCGGGGAUCUCCCCCGGGUGGAGGCCCUGCUGGGGGCCCGGGUGGAUGCCCUGGCCGCCGAGGUCGGCGCCGCCCGGGGCCCGGUCCUGCAGGCGCUGCUCAACCGCCGGGACGCGGUGUCCGGCGAGACGCCGCUCUUUGCCGCGUGCGCGCGCGGCCAUGCGGCCGUGGUGGACCUGCUCCUGGGCCAGGACCAAACAAACGUCAACUACCCGGCCCGGCUGCCGCUGCAUGUGCCCUACUCCUCGUCGGACCCGCUGUUCAUGGGGCCGAUCUUGCCCGGGGCCGCGAGCGUGGCCGCCACCGGGGCCGGCCCCGGCGGCGCCGGGUCCACGUGCCACCCGUCCCGCGAGUACUACCGCUUUGAGCGGGUAUGGUCGCCGCUCUUCGGGGCGGUGGCCUUCGGCCGGGCGGCCGUGGUCCGGCGUCUGCUGCAGGACGACCGGCUGCGGCUGUCGCGCUCCGGCGCGGCCGGCCCCCACAAGCGCGGGUCCCUGCCGGCGGAGCUGUGGCUGCGCAACCGGGUGACCUCGCUGGAGGAGGAGCUGCCCUUUGCGUUGGAGUACGCGCGCCGGGUGCUGGCCACGCCGGCCGCCUUCGGCCGGAUUGCCGGCUGCCUCGGGGGGUCGAUCUGCUCGGACCCGGCGGCCGCGGCGCAGGUGGUGGCCGACCUGACCGCGGCCGCCGGGCGGCUGGUGCCCCGGUGCCCGGCCCUGGCGGAUGUUCUGCCGGGGGCGGUGCCGGCACCGGACGCCGCGGACCCCGGGGUCCCGCGGCUCACCCUGCGCCCCGGGUCCGGGGCCGAGCCCUCGCUCCUGCGCAUCAUGGCCGACCUGGACCUCCGGUCGCCGGCCCUGCUGUACUACUUCCACGAGCGGGCCAUCGGCCUGAGCCGGCUGUUCGCCGCGUCGACCGGGUGCUGCUUGGCGCACGCCUCGCGGCUGAUGCUCCGUCGUGAGGCCGAUGUGGACCUCUUCCCGGGGCCCCCCUCGGCCGGGGACCCGGGGCUCGGAGCCGGCGGCCAGGCCAAGUUCUGCUGCGCCUUCUUCCGCCAGCUGGCCGUCGAUACCCCCGGGCCGCGGAUUUCCCCCCGGCGCCUGCGCGGCCUGCUGCUGGCCGUCCGUGCUCUGGCCUUCGAUCCGCUGUGCGACGCGGGCACCUACUCGCACCUGCUCCCCUCGAAGCACCGGCUGCUGCUGGGCUGCGAGACCUUCCUGCAGAAGGUCCUCAAGAAUGUGCGCAUCCAAUUCGAGCGCGACGAGCUCUGGAAUCGGGCCCUCCUGACGGCGGCCGGUGGGUGCCUGCGCACCGACAGUCCCCCGGUCCCGAUGUCCUCGGGUCUGGUGGACUUCCUCCGCGCGGUGGAGGACCUGGGCACCGGGACCCCGCUCGGCCGGCCGCCGGGCUUCCACCACGCGGAUUUGAUGCGGCUGCUGGAUUUGUGCCGGCACCGUGCCGCCACCGACAUCGACCCCAGCCUGCACGAGCUGGUGUCCAUGCUUCCCUGGCCCGGCACGGCUCUCUUCCUGACCCAGGCCUUCGGGCCGGCCUGCCUGCACUUGACCGACACCGACGACGCGGCGGUCCCGCUGGUGGACUUCUCCCUCUCCGGGCUGAGUCUGCCGCCGGGCGAGGCGGCCUUGGGCGGCGAUGUGCCGGCCGGGUCGCCGGGCGACCCGUGCCCCGGGCCCACGCUCCCCGCAAGUGGGCCGCUCCAGGGCGGGCUCCAAACGGGCGGGCUCCUCCGGGCGCCGCUGCCCUCCGGGGGGGCCGGCGCGUCGGCUCGCUUGCAGCACCAUCUCCGGCCCGACUCGCGAGUGGGGUUCCUGCUGGUGCCGCUGGUGCCGGACACGGACCUCCUGCUGGUGGUCCGGUAUAGCCUGGACGGCCAGCCGCUCGAUGUGGCCAACAAUUCGCCCGGCCCCACGGGCCCCGGGGCCGGGCCCUGCUCCCCGCGCUAUUGCGAGUUUACAUUCGUGCGCCGGGCACCUGCGCGCGGCGGCGGCGGCGGCGGCGGCGGCGCCAGGGCCUCCGACGGGGCCGCCGACAGCGACAACACCAGCGACAUGUGCCAGCGCGAGCUCCGCCAUGUGGGCCGCCUUGUCAACAUCCUGUCCUUCCUGCUGUGGCAGCGCCUGCUCCUCGGGCCGCGGCGGCCGGGGGCCGCCGGCCCGGAGCCCGACAUUUGGGCUCGGCUGGGUGGCCCCGGCGGCGGCCCGGCCGGGUCCUUCGACUUGGCUGGCAGCGCGGCCGCCAGCCCCCCGGCCAGCCCGGCCAUCUCCCAAUCCCCGUCCAUGGUGUUCGACCAGGUGGCCGACAUGCCGGCCUCGCCGCGCGCCGGGGCCGCCGGGCGGCCGCGCUCCUCCACCGGCUCCGGCCUAUCCGGCCUGCUGGCCGGGCUGUUCCCCUCAGCAGGCCGGCAAUGA